CUCUCUCUCUAUAUAUAUACAUAGAUAUCCAUCUGCGUUUCUCUCUCUCUCUCUAUAUAUACAUGCGCAGCGGCAGCUUCCUUUGAAGCAAUCGUCUGGUUUUAGGGUUUUAGAGACCGAGGCGAUGGCGGAGGAGAGCGGCGUCCCGACGGUCGCAGCCGAUUUGCCGGCGAAGAGGCAGAGAGGGGAGGAAGAGAACGAGAACGGAGUCUCUGCUCCCGUGGAAGUGGAAGGCAUCAACAACAAUGAGAACAACGAGUCUCAGUACAUAUCCACCGUUAUACCUGGGUGGUUCUCGGAGAUAAGCCCAAUGUGGCCUGGAGAAGCACAUUCAUUGAAAGUAGAAAAGAUUUUAUUUCAGGCGAAAUCUCAAUACCAGAAUGUCAUGGUCUUUCAGUCCUCUACAUAUGGGAAGGUUCUUGUUCUAGACGGUGUGAUUCAACUGACAGAGCGGGAUGAAUGUGCAUAUCAAGAAAUGAUUACUCACCUUCCACUUUGUUCAAUUCCCAGCCCAAAGAAGGUUUUGGUUAUUGGAGGAGGAGAUGGUGGUGUGCUGCGUGAAGUGUCUCGCCAUUCUUCAGUUGAGCAGAUAGAUAUAUGUGAAAUUGAUAAAAUGGUGGUUGAUGUUUCUAAGCAAUUUUUUCCUGAAGUUGCUGUUGGGUACGGGGAUCCCCGUGUAACACUCCAUAUCGGUGAUGGAGUUGCAUUUCUGAAAGCUGUUCCUCAAGGAACUUAUGAUGCCAUUAUAGUGGACUCAUCUGAUCCCAUUGGUCCAGCACAAGAACUUUUUGAGAAGCCCUUCUUUGAGUCAAUGGCAAAGGCUCUCCGUCCAGGAGGGGUUGUCUGUACUCAAGCUGAAAGCAUAUGGCUUCACAUGCACAUAAUUGAAGAUAUUGUGGCAAAUUGCCGCCAAAUAUUCAAAGGCUCUGUCAACUAUGCAUGGACGACUGUUCCGACAUAUCCAAGUGGGGUGAUUGGUUUCAUGCUUUGCUCCACUGAGGGGCCGGCUGUGGAUUUCAAGCAUCCGGUCAACCCUAUAGAUGCUGAUGAUAGCCAUUGCAAAUCAAAAGGGCCAUUGAAAUUCUACAACUCUGAGAUUCACGCUGCAGCUUUCUGUUUGCCAUCUUUUGCCAAGAAAGUGAUCGAUGCCAAGGCUAAAUGACCAAAUUUUGAGAAGGAUCCGACGAAACAGCAUUGGCUGCUAUGUAGAGUUCCUGGUUUCCAUCCUCACUGAAAUGAUCUUUUCUAGGGAUGGCCCUAGAAUAAGUUGAGGUUUGAAUUUUCAUGCUCAAGUAGGAUCCCUCUCUUAUUGUAGAGAAUCGAAUGACUGUUUCGAUAUAGAUAUGAAUUUCAUUUUCCUUAUAUUAUUGGUACUUAAAAAUGGCAGUCAGUUCUUACAAAGCAGCAGUUUUAGAAGAUGUCACAUUUGCCAACUGCAGUUUUAACAUGCUUUGAUCUAUA